CAUGUACUAUUUGUGAAAGGUGUUCCAGGUUCAUUAGUUACUGGGGAUGGUACAAGUGGAGCGGAUGAUGCAUUUUCACAAGCUGAGUCUUCAAUAGCUGAUGGACAGGCAGCUGCAAGUGCUCAAGGAAAGAAGAAUGGAGGUACAGCAAAGACUCAAGUCUCUGGUACAUAUAGCUCUUCUGGUACAUUUAGUGCAAGCGCAAUGACUUCAGAUAGUGAUCGUUCAGCAAAUGCACAAGUUAGUGGAAGUGUUGAGGGUGCAAUGAGUCAAUCGCAAGGCCAGGGAGGUGCAGCACAAUCACAAGCUCAGGUGCAAGUCAAUUCAAAGAAUGGUGGAACUAAAGCAUCAUCGCAAAGUGGAGGAAUAAUUCAUCAAAGUCAAAGCGAAGUUCAAGCAAACGAUAAGGGAGGAUUAGCUGAUGCUCAGUCUAGCGGGCCAGGCCAAACAUCAUCACAAGCACAAAUAGGUUUCCGUCCUAGACAAGAUGGCACCGAAUUAAUUUCAUCAAACGGUGGUGGGCAAGCUUCUGCUCAAUCUGGUAGUCACUCAGGGCAAAGCCAGUCUCAAAUACAUGGCACAUCCAAAUAUGGCGUAUCUUACCAUGGUGCUGCACAAUCGGCUUCAGGUACAAAAGAACAAGUGGCAACUUAUCGUGAGCAAAACCGAGAAUUAUUUCACUCCAUUAGCCAGUUUGGAAAUGGUGAUGCUGUAACGGAUCGUGUAGAUACUCUAUACAGUGGCCCCGCAUUAACUGCUGAACCGGGACUAUUACCCGAUUUACAAUUAAAAGCGUCAAAAACCAGUAAAGAAACAGCAAUUAAUAAAGUAAACAAUGAAUCAGGUACUUUGGCGGAAGAUGAAGAUGACGAAGAACCAUACGAAGAUUAUGACGACGAAGACGAUUAUUAUGAAAACCCGAUUAAGAUGGACUCAAAUUCCAAUACUCCCAAAUCUGAUGGAAAAGAUAAUAAAAAUGAAACCCCAACAUUACCCAGCACUUUUACACAACAAUCUCCAACGCAAGUACAAAAGGUAGCGAUAGCAAACGCUAAUGAUAAAUAUACAGUGGUUCAAAACCAAAAUGGACGUGAACAAAGAUAUCCAAUUCGCACUACAACACCAAAUGUUCCAAGCGGUUUUCGUGGAACUGUAAAUGUUGAAAAAAAAUUCCAUACAAAAGCACUUGAAUCGCACACAACAGAAAAUAAUGUUGAUGGCAACUCUAAAGAUCAUGAACACAGUAAAAUUCCGACACCAGACAGUUAUGUGACAGUAACCAAAUCAGUUACUGGCAGCAUGGAUAAUACUAAAAACCCACCGCAAGAGAAUAAAAAUUUCCAAUCAACAUAUUACACAAAAUCAUCAACCUGUGGUUAUUUCACUUUCUCAUGCAACAUUGUAUAUGGCGCCAAUGGUCGAAGCAAAAUCUGUCGUCCCAAAGCGCCAACCAAUGGAAAAUGCUAAUGCAAGCCAAUAAAUUUCCCUAAAAUUAUAUUAAAAUAAUUUACUAUUAAAUUACAUUAAAAUACAUAUGUUUUAUACGUUUAACAAAUAAUAGAAUAAUAAUUUAAACAAAUGCUAUAUGUAUGCAACAUAUUUAAUGAAACCAUCAAAUAUCCACACCC